GGCGGGCACGGCGGCACCGCGGGCGGCGCCAGGCGGAGUCGUCGGAGCUGCGCGCCGGGACCGCGCGGCCAGGUACUUCCCUCCUUGCUGAGUCUGCUGCUCCUGGGGCUCCCCCUUCCUGGUGGGACACCUGGUUCCAGAGACCUCCUGCUCCUCCUCCUCCCCAUGUGGGCUUCUGAAGGGAGGGAAGAGCCAGCCGUGUGCACGUAAGCACAGUGGGACCCCAGGCUGGAAGACACCCCUCCAUUCUCCUCUGCACCUCUCACAGGCUGCUCUGCAAUGACCACAGCAAGGUACCGGCCCACCUGGGACCUGGCCCUCGACCCGCUGGUGUCCUGCAAGCUGUGCCUCGGGGAGUAUCCGGUGGAGCAGAUGACCACCCUGGCCCAGUGCCAGUGCAUCUUCUGUACCCUGUGCCUGAAACAGUAUGUUGAGCUCUUGAUCAAAGAAGGGCUAGAAACUGCGAUUAGCUGUCCUGACGCUGCCUGUCCUAAACAGGGCCACCUUCAGGAGAGUGAGAUCGAGUGCAUGGUUGCAGCUGAAAUUAUGCAAAGAUAUAAAAAGCUACAAUUUGAAAGAGAGGUGCUCUUCGACCCCUGCCGGACAUGGUGUCCAGUGUCCUCCUGCCAGGCGGUGUGCCAGCUGCAGGACCCGGGGCUCCAGACCCCACAGCGGGUGCAGUGCAAAGCCUGCAGCACCGAGUUCUGCUCCCUCUGCAAAGCCAGCUGGCACCCUGGCCAAGGCUGCUCGGAGUCCAUGCCGAUCACCUUCCUUCCUGGGGAGACCAGCUCUGCUUUCAAGAUGGAAGAGCCCGAUGCGCCCAUCAAGCGGUGCCCCAAGUGCAAGGUGUACAUCGAGCGGGAUGAGGGCUGCGCACAGAUGAUGUGCAAGAACUGCAAGCACGCCUUCUGCUGGUACUGCCUGGAGUCGCUGGAUGACGACUUCCUCCUGAUCCAUUAUGAUAAGGGGCCCUGCCGGAACAAGCUGGGCCACUCCCGCGCAUCCGUGAUCUGGCAUCGGACGCAGGUCGUGGGGAUUUUUGCUGGAUUUGGGCUUCUACUCUUGGUGGCCUCUCCCUUCCUGCUCCUGGCCACUCCCUUCGUACUCUGCUGCAAAUGCAAGUGCGGCAAAGGUGAUGACGACCCCUUACCCACCUAGACGACGGCCGGGUGCCGGGAGAGACCCCUGCCUCGAGAAGCACGGCUCCCCAGCCCACCACUCUCCUCUCACUAAACGUGUAUCUUGCCUUAUGUGCCCCAUGGAGCUUCACAGUGUCAGGCUGGAUGCCACGAUGUCAGGGACAUCAGCACGCUCGCUGAGGCUGCAGGCGCGGUCACCUGGGCGUGGGCACAGCGAGGCCCAGUAGCGUGUCCCACAGAUCCAGUCUCUGCAGACCAGGCCGAUGGCCUGGUAGGCAGUUUCCCAGGCAGUUUCCUACCACGGCUGGAGACUGGGAAUUGUCUGGUAUAGGUUAAGAGUUCUGAUUAGACAAGGUUUGUCCAUUUCCUCCUCUGCUUCAAGAUGGCGUCCUGUUGGUGAAGGACGAAGUCUUAAGGAUUCCAGCUCUCUUCAGACAGAAGCCAGUGAUUCCCACUUGAGACAAGCACUCUGUUUAGGACAACUUUUUUUGUUUUUAUUACUCAAGGCAUUUAGUAAAAUCCUUUUUAGGAGGCUUUUUUUCUUCCAACUGAGUAGUGAAAAAUCAACAAGGUGCAUAUAUGCCAUCCUAUGCCUUUCUGGAAAUGUGCAUUUUAAGAAGUUAGAGUUAAAUGACUUUCCUGGCUUUGACCCAUUUUCAGGAGAUUUAGAAAGCCUUAUGCACUCUGUGUUUUUCCUGAAACUUGCUGUAAUACCUUUUGAAUGCUAUAAGCUGCGUAUUCUUAUAAACAUGGGUCAUAUACACUACAUCACUUUGAAAACAUUGACACGUUUAGAGGAACGUCAUUCCCACUUAGGUUUGCCUUUUGUUCUUUGGUGAUUCAGCCAGCUCACAGGGCGGGCGCCUCCCUGCUCAUCAACAGCAUACCUUCGCAUAUCUUCGAACCAAAUAUCUUCUUUGGAAGUAGUUCCACUCAGAAUCACUGUAGUUUGGCCUCUUGCUUUUGUUUUCAAGUGCACAGUUCGAAGUGUGCAUCAUUUACACUUGUAAGUCAGGGUUUCUGCUAACAGCUGAGGGGCUCUUAAGAGGCCAGCUGGAGUUUUCUGGAUUUUCACAUUUUUUCCUUGGAAAAAUUUUGUGUCUCAUGGAGUUCGAGCCCAGCCUUGUUGCUAACCGGCCGACCAUGGCUGCUGGGAAAUCACCCGCCAUUUUGCUUAGCUCUUUCUACGUGGGAUGGGACCACGUGGCUUUUCCCAGGGCUGUGUGGGACUGUUUCCACAGCAACACAAAGCCCGGAUGGAUAUGAAGCUGCACUGUUCUCUGUCCUUAGAAUCUGACAAGUGGACAACAUGCUUCCUUUAAGGAGAAUUGACUCCCAAAGCCAAGCGUGCUUACCAGCAACAAAGGCACGUGCUGUGGAGUACCCAUGGAGGGAUUCCCGGAGGCAGAUUAAGGAAUCUACAAAGAAGUAAAACAAAACAAAAUCCUUUCUAAUCUGUUAUUUUUUUUUUCAUUGCAAGCUCAUUUUUAAAAUACGGUUUUCUGUGUCUGCGUGUGUGAGUCCACGGUGUGUGAUCAGUCUCAGGUCCUGGUGCCCCUCCCUGUCCCGAAAGGUCAUCUUCAUUUCUUGACAGUGAAUAGUUGAGGAAAAACACAACCAUUUGUUCUUUUCAUGGCUGAAACCCAUUUUCUCACGAGACUAAAGCCAUUUAGAAGAUCCGUCCUGUGUCAAAACUUUGGCCCAAACAUUCUCUGUGUAGUUACAGCUUCAAAGUUCAAAGUCCAAGACUUGGAUAAGAAGCUGGGUGCUGAUGGCUCUCACCUGCAGUCCUACAUACUCAGGAGGCUGAGAUCUCAGGAUCGAGGUUUGAAGCCCGGACAGAAAAGUCCAUGAGACUCUAUCUCCAGUUAACCAGCAAAAAAGCCAGACGUGAAGAUGUGAAUCAAGUUUUCCAUCUUGAGUGAAAUGGUCUAGGUAGAGGGAAAGACCCUGAGUUCAAGCCCCAGUACCUGGACAAACAAACAAAUUGGAUAAGAACAUGCCUGAGUGCGUCUUCACAGGUGACCCUCAGGCCCCAAGUCUCUGGUUAGAGACACUGUGAAGAACUGAGUUGGUUUUUCUGGGAUGGGCUGACCACUCUAGCCCGAGGCAAGAGGCCGGGGCUUGAGAGCUCCAUCUGUAAUUUGGGAGUAUGGCUGCCUGGCUGUGGGUGUGUGGUCAGCCUGUGGUCCUUUGUCCGGUGUGCCCGGGGCCUGUCUUCACACUGCUCCAGCCUUCCCACCCAGGGUAGUAACUGCCCACUGUACCUGUGCGAGUCCCUCCCACUGCAGACCGUCCUGUGGGGGCGGUGGGAGCCGGAGCCUUUGAGAAGGCUGGAUGCCCAGGAUUUGGCUCUCUUCCUCAUCCACAAAGGAGCGGAAUGUCUCUCACCGAAUUGUGUUCAUCAGCAGCCCCAACCAUGCUGUGCCUUUAUUUCCGGUGUGUCUUCCAAGCACAUGCUUGAUCCAGGUAGGGUCAGGGUGAUUCCGGGGUCAGCCAGGGACUGUCUGAUUUGCUCCUACCUGCUCUGAGCUUUUGCUUCUAGCACAUUUAGGUUUGAGUCGAUCAUGAGCCACCAGCAAGGCACACUGAGGCUAUAAACCCCCAUUUACUCUGGGGGCCUCCCUCUCUUUCAGUAAGUGCUGCCAAUGUCCAGGAGCGUGCUGCUUGCAAACAGCAGUGGGUCUUGUCAAUUCCCAGGGCAACAUGGAGAGGUGUGAGCUCAGCAGAUUUAGCAGACUCAGAUAGACACGCAGCAUGGCUUAUCCAAGCCAAGCAUGAAGUUUGUGAAGGCUGAUCUCCUACAGAGCAUGUCCACUCCACCCAGCGAGGCCCUGUGCUGUUCAUUCACCACAGUGAAGGUGGUAGGGUAGAGGGAAAGGCCCUCAGCGGCAGGCCCAGGGCCACUGCAGGCUGCCCUGCGGGGACACCUGACUGACCUGGAAGGGUACCUGAGAUACCUUAGCAGCUGACCACAUUGGUGGGUUUCUCUGGCUGUGUCUGAUCUCUGCUGUGCAUCCUGUAGUCCAUCUAGCUGGGCUUUGCCUCCUCCCAGGCGUCCCUGUGGGAGUUCCUAGAGUGGAGGCUGAUUUAGCACCCAAGCAAGAGCAAAAUCUUGAGCCUUAUCAGCUUCUGUCCACAGCACCUCCUCCUCCUCAGCUCCCAGGAGCUCAGACGAAAGAACCCACAGCUGACAGCUGCAGCAUCGGAUUUUCACAGCAUGUUCCAUAUUUCAAAAAACCGCUGCGGGGCCCCAGCCAGGACUUGGUAGGACACAGGACCUGGAGACUCGGGAUCAGGCUGUCAGAUACCAAAACCACAGAACUUCACGACGUGUUUAUCCCUGGAUGUUACCAACAUCAUUUCGCCAAUUGGAAGAGAAUUUUUUUCCCUUGGUAAUGUUUAAAAUUCACAAGAUUGGAAAGGACUGGGGUGGGCUUUCUGUAAAUUUCCCAGAUUCCCGUUAUAAGUCAAGACACCUGUGUAUAUAUGUAAAUCACAAUGAAAUCAUCAAGGGAGAACAUUUUGCAUGUAAAAAGCUUCAUGAAGGCCUCUUUAAAAAAAAAUACCAAAGCUUGUUUAUUCCAUAUAAUUAGCCUAAGCCCUUAGGAAGCUAAACAAAACAGAUUGAUGACUGGUUAUUGCCAAAACCCCCCAAAAGGAGCAAAGGAACCUCUUACUUGCAUUAAGAUAUAAUUACCAGUGCACCUCCAGUUGGAGCGCAUGCUGUUUUGGUCCUCAGCCCCCAUCUGACAUGUGAAAUCCCGUCUUCCGCCAUUCCAUGACCCUCGGCCAGGGGUCGCCAUGUGCCACAUGCCUGACUUCUGUGCUUUCCUCACUUCGGCCUGGGUGUAUCUGAGUCUUGUAAAAUAAUAUGCAUGAAGGACUCACGCAUCUGCAGACAUCAUGUAUAUUUGACAAGUGGUGGUAGAACAAAAGCAAAACAAAUUGGGUGUGUGUUUUUGUGCGGUGUCGGUCCGUGUUGUGCCACUAACACUGUGAUGUAUAAAGAGAUGUUUGAAUGCCUUUUCUUGUUGUGUUUUGUAACUUUGGAAUCAUAUGGAAUAGUCUGACUUUGUAAUUUCAAUACAUAUUUUCAGUGUAUGGAGUCUUAUGUCCUUUCUCUCCCCUUUUGAAGGGAUUUCUUUUUUAAAGAUAUUUUGGCUGGAAUACAGGUGACUUUUGUAAAUCC